AUGGGCUCUGCACGCCGGGCGCUGUCCGUGGUGCCGACCGUGCUGCCCGCCGUGCUGCUGCUAGUGCUCUUGCUGCCGGGGCUGCCCGUUUGGGCACAGAACGACACGGAGCCCAUCGUGCUGGAGGGCAAGUGCCUGGUGGUGUGCGACUCGAAUCCGGCCACAGACGCCAAGGGCUCUUCAUCGUCCCCUCUGGGAAUAUCAGUCCGGGCCGCCAACUCCAAGGUCGCCUUCUCCGCGGUGCGGAGUACCAACCAUGAACCGUCAGAGAUGAGCAACAAGACACGCAUCAUCUACUUCGAUCAGAUCCUAGUUAAUGUGGGUAAUUUUUUCACACUGGAGUCUGUCUUUGUAGCACCCAGAAAAGGAAUCUACAGCUUCAGCUUUCACGUGAUUAAAGUCUACCAGAGUCAGACAAUCCAGGUUAACCUAAUGUUAAAUGGAAAACCAGUAAUAUCCGCCUUUGCUGGAGACAAGGACGUUACUCGUGAAGCUGCCACCAAUGGGGUUCUACUGUACCUAGAUAAGGAGGAUAAGGUUUACCUGAAACUGGAGAAAGGUAACUUGGUUGGAGGCUGGCAGUAUUCCACAUUCUCUGGCUUCCUGGUGUUCCCCCUCUAGAAUUCCGUCUCUCCAUGGUGUUUAUCCUGGUCAGGGGUAGUCCCGCUC